AUGGCUGACGUUUCGGAAUUUCCGUUUACCGUCACGGAGUAUGUUGUUGACGGACAGCAUAUUCGCGAUUAUGCCAACGCGACGGUGGACCCGACGGCCACAUUAAAACUCGUUCUCAAGAGAUAUACGCCCGUCGACAACCCAAACCCUCAGCCCGGCGACGUGACUAUUAUUGGAGCACAUGGAUGCGGAUUUCCAAAAGAGGUAUACGAACCAUUAUGGGAAGAUCUCUACAGUCGAUGUAAACAAGACGGCUACCGUAUUCGCUCUAUUUGGAUCGCCGAUGUCACAAAUCUCGGUGCUAGUGGUAUCAUGAACAAGGAGUUUUUAGGAAGUGAACCAUCCUGGCUUGAUCACAGCCGUGACCUUCUCCACAUAAUCAAUCAGUUUCGCGAUGAUAUGCCACAGCCCAUUGUUGGUGUGGGACAUAGUAUGGGCGCAGGUCAACUAGUUCUUUUGUCUCUUCUUCACCCACGCCUAUUCACAUCACUAAGUCUCAUCGAGCCCGUAAUUCCACCAAACAUCAUGUCCGGCAAAGGGCCCCUCUUAGCCGUCAUGUCACUCAAGCGAAGAGACACCUGGAAAACCCGAGAAGCCGCCAUCGAAGCCGCCCGAAAAUCUCACAAGCAGUGGGACAAACGCGUCCUCGACAGAUGGAUUUCGCACGCCUAUCACAAUCUCCCAUCGUCAGCAACGCCCUCCCAAGAUGAUGCCGCACAGACAACAUCCAAAGCCAAAGUCGAUCAACCAGUAACGCUCGUCAGCUCAAAAUAUCAAGAAGUACUCCAGUACAUCCGUGAGAACCCGUCCAGCCACCAAGCCGUUGGGCGAGAAGCUACCACUCCCGACGCACCUCCCCACGACCACCUCCUCUUCCCAGAUAUCAUCGGACCGCCUGAAACGACCAACGAAUUCUACCGGUUCGAGCCCAUUUUUGCCUGGCAUAUGCUCAAGCAUGUGCGGCCGCCUGUCUUAUACGUGCUAGGAAAGCACAGUCCUGUUUCUGUACGUGAGAACCGCGAGGCGGUACUGAAGCGGACCGGUGUUGGGAUCGGGGGUAGCGGCGGUGUGAAGGCUUUGCGGGUGGAAGAGAAGAUUCUCAAUGGUUCGCACCAGUUACCGCUUGAGAAAGUUGUGGAGACAGCUGCUGCUAUUGGUCCUUGGAUUAGCAAGUCAGUUCAGUCUUGGAGGGAAGAUGAGGCGCGGAUUGCGAUGGAGUGGGCUCGUCGGCCGAUGGAUGAUAGAUUGAAGAACAUGGCGGAUUGGGUUCCCAAGUUGGAGAAAAUGAUGGGUGUUGAGAAGAAGAAGAGAGAUUCAAGACUCUGA